UAGCCACUUCUUAUUUCUAGUAGUCUGGCUACGUACGACCGUACGUUCGCCGUCUUUAAUCCUCAUAAAUGUUUCGAAUUAAGUCUGCUUCCAUCAAUUAUCAUCACUAAACAUUUUUAAUUAAUCCAAAAAAUGUCUCAAGUACUGUAAAAAAAUUUUAAAAAAUAAAAAAGCCAGUUUGUCGACGUAAAAGUGAUUUUUGGAAGAUACUAAGCGUGAUUUUUUCGGUGUUUGUUAAACAAAGUGAUCGAAAAAUGAUUAAUUUUAAUUGAAGAUUCUCCGAAGCAAGAUCAAACUAAACUACUCGUGUAGUUUUAAAUAAUUUCGAGUGUAAAAUAGAAUGUACGUCCAGAAACGCGUGGAGAAAGCCGCAAACCCAAAAAUAAACUUUAAGCGUUAUUUCCUUGCGGGAGGUAAUGCAUAAAGUUGAGUGAACUGUCCCAAUAGGAAUAGGAGCGAUAAGAUUAUUUUCUAGCAUCAUUUCCGGGUAGUGUUUUGUCUGAGAAAUUAUUAUUGAAAAAAGAUCAAAGCGCAGCGCCGGGAAAACAAUUAAAUUAAGAAGAUUUUUUGAGAAAACAAUUAUAGAUUUUUGAAUGUCUUCGCCAGGCAUGAUUAACUCCGACGAAACGGACUGAUAUGAAGCGUAAUCUCGAACACAUGUGAGAAUUGGAGCCGAGAAUUGGUGCCGAGGUUUUUAGCGGGUAAAUUGUGCAUAAAUUUGUUGGGUCGAGGCUUACUCGAUUAAUGUCACACGGGCAUUGUUCCAAAUUCAUAAUGAAUGAAUUCUUAAAUCACGGAAAAUAAUUGACGAUAUUGUAAAUAAUAAUAAUUGAUGAAGAGUUUUUGUCAAAAUGUCGCACAACCGGAGCUUCAACAUUGUGUUUUGCGAUUGUUUGCUUCUCAUGUUCAAGAAGACAAACAAUAAGAACAAACAGUAAGAAGUAAUUGUCAAAUUUCGUUGGCUGUUGGUCAAAAAAUGGUGAUGGUUUUUCUUUUGAAAAAAGAGCUUCGGUGAUGUGUGCAAAAAUAACAAAAGCUGAGUCCGAAUUCAGGAAUUUCCGAGAUCUGGGAGGUAAUUGACAAGGACAAGGCCACUUAAAAAAAUAUUACACGUGGAAAUAUUUUGAAGAAUGAUAAAAAAAUUAUUGUACAUUAAAAGGAAAAUUUUUGAUAAUAAAAAUGAAGUUUGAUCUUUGAAAAUAUGAUUAAAAUUUUUUAAAAGAUAUUGAGUAAUUGUUGAAGCUUAUUGUUUUUGAAGUUGAUUGCGAACAAGGUCAGAAAACGAUAAUGUAUCUGUUGAUAAAUGAAUCAAACAAUAACCAAAGAAGAAAACCACAAUGAAGUGAUGGAUCAAAACUAGGGAAAAUCACAAAGAAAUAACCAACAAUGUCAUUCUGUAGGAUUACGGGGAGGAGCCGUGGCCUCCCCAAACCGAAUUAUUUUCCGUUGUUGCCUCCAAUAAGUCCAGCUGACGCGAAAAGGUUUUGCCGAAUAACAGGUAAGUCAUACGGACUGCCGACACAUCAUUACAUUCCGGUUUUGUUGGGUGUGCACAAAACAGACAAGUCCAAAUGCCGGGUCACGAACAAUAACUCUGGAGUUCAUCACCAAUUUACAGCCGGGUUAAUCCUGGGAGGAGACAAAAGAAAGCAUGUCGUCUUGAAGGACUUUAGAUACGUUUUUCCAGUUCUGGAGGGCGACGGAGAGCAGCAGAAAGCUUUGAGAGAACUUUUGAGCACAAAAGAGCCUCUGGGUGACAGCGAGGAGAAUUUGAAGUUCGUUUACACCGUCAAUGAGCGGCGUACCAGCUUGGUGUUUCCGGCACAAUUGGAAGCAGCGGUGAGGGAUGGAGAUGUCAAGGAUGUGAUGCUGUCCCGGGACUGUGAUACUGUUUUGCUGAGGCUGAAGCAGGGGAAGAAUUUGGCUGUUGACUUCAGAGACUUCGAUAGUAGUCUGGAGAGCCUGUACGACGGCUUGGGCCCGAGGGAGGACGUUUUGAAGGAGAGAGAGAGACUGGAAGCUGCUGCGAGGAAGCGCAAGAAGAAAAAAGCCAGUGGGCUGAACUACGCCAAGAAAAUAUUCGAAGACAAAGAGAAGGCUGAUGAAGCCGAGGAGGUCAAGAGCAAGAAAAUCAAGUUGAAGAUCAUCAAGGAGGAGCUCAAGGAGGAAGUCACUUGGAAACACGUUGAUUUGGAUCUCGCGAGAGAAGGAAGGAGUCAAGUGACUUCUAUUUUGAAUCAGGAAAGCUUGAACUACUCGGUCACUACUUCCUGCAACCUUGAAUCUCUUGUCAGCAGUUCUGAAGCUAAAGGAUUGCCGGUUGUUGAUAAAUUGCCAAAAGCGGUUCAAAUUCACGCUGAAAGGGUUGACAUUGAAGCUUCGGCUUUUGGAGUCGUCACUUCUCCAAUUUCUGAAGAAACUGGAGGACUGGAGGCUAUUGCGAUCAUCAAGCCUCUGACACCUUUGAACGUAGAACCAGAUCCUAAGAUCCGAGAAGCUUUAAUCGGAUUAACUGCAGAAGAACUGGAGGAGACGGCUGAUGUCAAAGAUAAAUUUUUGAACGCCGGGAAAGAAGCGCUGGAAGUCUUGCCGAGUGUUGAAGAAAUUUCCAAGCUUGUAGAAAAUGUCGCAAAAGGCCAGAAGCAUGAAUUACACAAGGUUAAGGGCUUGAAGAUUGAUAUCGAGUCUGCGCAGAGGUUUGUGACGGGAAAAACUAUUGAAACGCCCAGCGGUCCGGUUUUUGUACCAGGACAGACUUUGCAGACUCCGAAAGGACGAGCUUUUGUCCCAGGCUUCACGGUUAGCACUCCAAAUGGUCCAGUUUUGAUCCCCGGGGAAAUAGUUUCGGUGAAAGAAGAUACUAAGGAGACUUCUGUGUUUGUUGUAGGACAAACGCUGGAGACAAAAAACGGGGUUAAGUUUGCUCAAGGACAAACUAUGCACACGAGUGAAGGAGCUAAAUUCGUGGAAGGCCAAACUGUAUUCACGGAAGAGGGUCCCAAGUUUGUUGCGGGCCAUUCUGUGUCGCAAGAUCACUUUGUCACGGGACAAACGAUUGUCACUGAAUCGGGAGCUCAGUUUAUGCCUGGACAGACAAUAACUAAUGAACUUGGCGAGCAUAUUUUUGUUCCCGGGCAGAGUGUCAAGUUUGAUGAAGUUUGGAAGUUCGUUCCUGGGCAAUGCAUGAUUUCGGAAACUGGACAACCGGCGUUUGUUCCCGGAAAAACGAUGCAGACUUCUUCAGAAGGAAUGAAAUUCGUACCCGGGCAGAAUGUGACUGGUAAAUCUGGAGAAGAACAAUUUGUGCCUGGAGUGACUUUGGAGUCAAAAGAAGGCCCUAAAUUUGUUCCCGGAACGACUUUGAACACUCCUCAAGGUCCUAAGUUUGUUCAAGGAAUGAUUAUGAAGACUCCUGAAGGCGAGAAGUUUGUCCCAGGGUCAACAGUAAUUGGAGAAGGAGACAGCUUUGAGUUCGCGGCUGCCAAAAGUCUUAAAGAAGUGACAUUCUUGGAAGCUGGACCCGUGGGGAUUCCAGUAGACCCCAAAACUGCUACUGCUGUGUCUUUGCAGCAGCAGGAAAUUUUCGGACACAUGGUCCAAACCGAGCAUGGAGUCGAGUUCAUCCCUCAGUCGCAGGAAAUUCCAGAAGGGAAACGAAUCGUUCCUGGCCAGCUGGUUCGUGGGGGGAAGGAAGGACCAAGGUUUGUUCCUGGAAUGAUGACGGAAGAAGGAUUUUUGCCGGGGCAAAUAGUGAUCACGGAGAAGGGAGAUCAGUUUGUACCAGGACAAGUCGUAGAGACGAGCACGGGGCCUAAGUUUGUACCCGGAAGAAUGGUAGAGACUAGAACUGGCCCGAAGUUCGUUCCUGGACAAACGAUGGAAACAGAAGAAGGUCCUCGGUUUGUUCCGGGGCAGAUAGUCCAGACAAAAGUCGGCCCUACGUUCAUUCCUGGACAAGUUAUAUCCACUGAGAACAAAGGCUCUCGCUUCGUGCCUGGCCAGGUUGUGGACACUCCAGACGGGCCAAGAUUCGUCCCAGGAAGAGUCGUGGAGUCCGGAGAGCUGGGAGUGACCUUUGUUCCCGGACAAAUCGUCCAAACUGAAGAAGGACCUAGGUUUGUAGCUCCAGACCUGAUGGACACCCCGGAGGGAGAGCUGGAGUUCUCUGUUCAAGGCUUCGAAGUGACUCCCGAAGAAUUGGCGCUUCUUCGCCCGAAUCACUUGCAGUACAACGCAACCUCUAAGAACCACCACGAACCCAUGAGCAUCGACGCGCGAAUGCUGAGACAGUUGUCCGAAGCUGGAAUGUCUUUAGGAAGAAAAAUAUCUGCUGUUGUACCGAAUGUCAACGUCGACGUCGACCCCACAGCAGUUGCUCUUGAAAACGCUCUUGUGAUUGCAGAGAAACUUGGCCUCAGAGGCGAUGCUGCGGUUAAGAUGGCCCAAAUAGUUUCGACGGUUUCCCAUCUGGCGACAAACAUCGUCAACGAGUACCAGAACAGUGACAAGCCUAACUUUGAAAGUUUCAACAAUAGCCACGAUUCAAAACUCCUAACCAACGGAGUUCACAACCAAAACGGCCACUCGGAAGACGAAGAGUGGCUUCACGAGGCAGUAAAAGGCGCAAUUGCAACUGCGAUCCUUGCAAUUACCGACCUUGAAGAUCCUGCAAGUGAUGAUAAGUCCUACGUGCUGUCUUCAAUCAGCGAAGCCUUCAACGUGUUUCUUCGGCAAGGUUCUUCGUCGAUAGAACACUCGGUCGAGCAGGUUCUGAAAAUCCUCACAGUUCCCCAAAGCAGGACCGCUUUGUGCCAGACGGCAGUUAUUGAUCUCCUAGAGUCGACCAGCAACAAAGUAGACCUUCUGAAGUCCACAAUCGUCCGGCAGUCUUUGAAAAGCGACACUGUUCUGGAGCGUCUCUCAGCUGUGCUGGAAGAAGAACACGGAAGUGACUUGGUAGGUUCAGCUUUUCGCGCCGUCUCGAAAGACGAUCCAGAAUUGGUGUCCCGGGUUUUGGAAAAAGUGUCCAGAGAAGUCGCGGGGGUCGCUACUGAACGCGAAGCCGCAGAGACGGUCCACAAAGCAAUCGUUCACGCAGUUCGCGAGUCCAGCGAGCUCCAAGUGAAGGAACUGCUGAACGACGGCUACGACGGCAACAACAAUAACAAUGACAAUUUGAGGGAACUGAUCCUCCAAGCAGUCGGAUUGGCGCGUGCUUUGGGGAUGUCAUCAACAGCAAGCAGCCUGCUGACUGUGAUAAGCGACGAAAAGUCCUCCAAGCUCUUGGCCAAUGACAGAGUCACUCUGGACAUCCUGAAGCGCUUGACGGUGAUGCGAAAGCUAGCUGAGGAAAGGCCACAGUUCAUCGCAGCUCUAAGGGACCUGACCAGUGACCCGGACAUGGCGAGAUCUGACCCUCAUUUGAGGACCCUGGUCCGAGAAAGCGCGGCUUUGAUGAUCGUUCCAGAAGACGCUCCUCUUCAGUCGUCCGUUGACGUACCCACGGCUCUACUAAACGCGGAGAACAGCCUGGCGAUUGAAGACUUCUUGAUAAGGAAGAGCCAUCGUCCCUCGACGAUUUUUAUGAUCUUGAAGCACGGGCUCCAGGCUGUUGUUCCAAGAGAAGCUUCUCGCGCUGUUCUGACCGGGCAAGUCGCCUACACGGUGCUGGACGAAAACGGAAUCACUCAUUUCGAGCCCCUGCAUGUCUUCAACGCUCUGAGACUUAACAAGCCUACGGCUCACAGGUUCUCGAUGUACGCCUGUCCCGUCGCGGGGGAGGACGACUUCGAGCUUGAGUCGGUCGCUUCUUUUGGGAACUUUAAUGGGAAUCCUUACACUGACUCGGUUAGUAGCCUUUCGUCAGCUAACGGGCGGUACUAUUCUUCCCAGGACUGCUCCAGCGGGGUCACGCUGACGAGAUCCGACAGGACGCUGGAAAACUCUGUCAGUCGGGAAAACACCCCCUGCUUUAGACGGCUUAGUUGUCGCUACCUAGAUGACAGGGGCACGCUGGACAACUUUAUUGUUGUCAAGGACCAUGUCUCCGAGGAGGACGCCGGGUUUGCUGUGAAGAUCGGAGAGAUUGUCGAGGCGAUUGAGUUCUCUGAAGAUCUCAAUAAACGGAAAAAAAUGGACCCGGAUUUGGAGAUAGGCGAAGUAGGCGCCUGCUUAGAUAGCUCUGCAGCCAGGCACAAACUGUCAGUCAGACCUAAAAGAAGACACGUCGACCCGCGAUCUCGUGUCAUCACCAGGUCUAAUUCCGAUUCAAAUAUUAGAGCACUUGUAAAAAAAGUUGAUGGAAAACAAGGAUGGCUGCCGAUGUCAAUUUUAAUGCAGACAGCUUUGAGUGAAGACAGUUCAACGAUUACUAGUCAUCGACCAGAAGAUUCACAGUAUCGUCGAGAAGCUGUCGUGAAAGAACUGGUGGAAACAGAAGAAGAAUUCGGCAGAGAUCUCCAGCAAGUGGUUGAGCGGUAUUUGAAGCCGCUUGACAAUGCCGACGUACCAAGAAACGUCCGUGACAACAAAGAAAUAAUCUUCACUAAUUUCAAACAAAUCGCUGAUUUCCAUAACACAUCGUUUGGCAGGGUAUUAAUCGAGGGUGUCAAGUACUACGCGGACCAGCCACGGAUGCUGGGCAAAACAUUUCUUAGAUUGGAAAGGGAUUUUGACAAGCAUGUCGCUUACUGCCGAGAUGAACCAGCGGCACAAGAAUUUCUUCAGACAAAUCCUGAAGUUCGUGAUUAUUUUGAGGAAUUGAGCCAGACUCUUGGAGACGAUAAAAGCGUGUCGGAACAUCUUAAGCUUCCGAUACAACGUAUUAACGACUACCAGCUCCUAUUGAAGGAGCUGGUUAAAUAUUCGACUCGCCUUGGCGAAAACUGCGACGACCUCCAGAAAGCACUGGAGUUGAUGCUCGGUAUCCCUCAUCGAGCAACAGAUAAUAAAUUUAUCAGUAAUAUCGAGGGAUAUAAAGGAAAUAUUCAUAAACUUGGUCGAUUAUUAACACAUGAAUGGUUUACAGUAAUUGACAAAGACGGCAAAAGCAAAGAAAGAUAUUUAUUUCUCUUCAAAGCCCGCAUACUUGUGUGUAAAGUACGGCGUAUUUCCGAGGAUAGAUCAGUUUUCGUUUUAAAAGACAUAAUAAAACUACCAGAAGUUGAAGUAAAAGAUUAUCCAGACGAUCAGCGCACAUUUGAAUUACAUAACCCGGGAGCUGGGUACUACCCAUUAACUUUAAUAGCUCACAAAGACCUCGUAAAAGCUUACUGGUUGAAGGAAAUCCGUCAGUACUCGAGUGAUUUGUUGGCACUGGCUGAGCACGCGGCUGACGAUCUUCAAUUGAGUGAAGAGAAAGACACUGAAGAUAAAGCCCGAAAGCUCGAGGGAACUAAAAUCGAUUUACCACCCCAGACUAAGAAGUCCGAGGAAAAGCCGACCAAGAUCCCGGUUAAAGUUGAAGCAAAACUUCCGGAAAAAGAAAAAGUCGCUGAAAAGCGGGAGAGCGUGACCAAAGUUGAGGAACUAGAGGCUAAGAAAGUUAAAACUGAAGACACUCAAGCCCAAGAAAUGUCUAAAUAUUCUUCAACUCAGUUCAGCGCUUCCUCCAAAGUCGAAGAGUACUCGUCAGUGUCGAGCAGCCGAAAUGGAUCGACUUCCUAUGUCGAAACUUCCUCGUCAUCGAUGGCUCGCGCAGAAAGACGGGCUUCGUCGUCGGUUUACAGCUCCGAAAAAAUAACAGAGUCUUCUGGAACCUACGAAACACCCACUGGUGGAUCCAAUGAGACAAAGAUCUCCAAACUUGCGCUCUCUGCUACGGAAACUGGCAAGCCGAAGUUCGUUAAAACGAUCGAGGGUAUCAGCGCCGAACCCAUCCAUGCAAAACAGGCAAUCAUUCACGUAAUAGCGGGUGAAAGCGCAGCAUUCGAGUGUACGUUGGAGUCGAGCAGUGAGUCAUGUCGCAUGCAUUGGCUGAAAGACAACAAGCCGUUGGAUGACAAGCUUGCAGACCGGAUAAAAAUUACAUCUACUGAGACAUCAUUCAAACUUGAAAUUACAAAUGUUAUUGUAAGUGAUUCUGGUAUUUAUACGGCACGAGCUGCCAAUGGAGAGGGUAAUGCAACCUGUACCGCUCAACUUGUUGUAGAAAAUCUUACGGCAGAAGAUCGCAAAGCUAAAGCUGAAGCAAAAGCUCCUGUCUUUUUAGUUCGCUUAAAAGAUACUGAGCUUUUAGAAAAUACUUAUUUGCGUUUUAUGGUCAAGGUUAAAGGUGAUCCUACUCCAGAUGUCAAAUUCUUCAAAGACGGUCAACUGAUAGAAGCAAAUAACGCCCGUAUAAAAAUCCAAACUGACCAGGAUAAAUUUAAAUCAGACAGUGGAUUCUACGAACUGGUGAUUCCUGACGUUCAAAAGCAGGACGGAGGAAAGUACACAUGUACUGCAACGAACCAAUUUGGAGAGGCGUCAUGCGAGGCAACAGUCUCGGUCACCGACGAGAAAACUCUGUUCGCGGGUUUGCCAGAGGGAGCAUUCGAAGCCGGAACAGAGACGCAAUUCCGAUGGCUGCGAGACGGCAAGCCGUUCAACCCAGAAGACCGCUUCAAAGUUCUUUUCGAGGACAAUGAAGACACAUUGGCUUUGGUGUUCCAGCACGUCAAGCCCGAAGACGCAGGACUGUACACGUGCGUAGCUCAAACCUCGACUGGAAACAUCAGCUGCAGCGCGGAGCUGACCGUCCAGGGCAACGUCAAGCAGCUGAUGAAGGACCCUUGCAAGCCGAAGCUGGGCAGCGAGGCCAGGCAGUCGGAAGUGAGCGCUGGUGGCUCGGCAAUGCUUGAUCUUCAAGUCAAAGGCUUCCCCAAACCAGACAUCAAGUGGAGCAAAGAUGGCAAGGAAAUAAUCGCUGGCGGGCGGAUAAAGUAUCUGUGGGAAGACGAAGAGUCUCUGUCGCUGGUCAUCAAGAAUGUCACCGUAGAAGACGCGGGUACUUACACGGUUAUCGCUAAAAAUAAUUUAGGAGAAGACACUACUUACAUCGAGCUAAUUGUCAAGUCCGCGCCGAAGUUUAUAAAAAAACAGACGGAUACUUUCGCGUACAUAGAGACAGAUGGAAAAAUGACAGUACAAAUUCAAGCUUCGCCGGCUCCAGAUGUCAAGUGGUACAAGGAUGGCCAGCUGUUAGAGUCGUCUGACCGCAUCUCAAUGACCCGCGAGGGAGAAUUUUACAGUCUGAUUAUCAAGAACUGUCGCCUGGAUGACAUCGGGUCCUACUCAGUGGUCGCUAAGAAUGAAAUCAACCAAACUUCUGAGUUCUGGAACUUUGACGUACGCUGCCCACCGAAGAUCAAGAAGAAGUUAGGCGAGCCGAGGGUCAUCAAUGAAGGAGAUACUCUGACUUUGCUGAUUGAAGUUGAAACUCCUCCUCAACCUACUGUAGUUUGGCUGAAAGACGACGUUGUUAUCAAAGCUGAUCAUCGGACUGAAAUUAUCAGUGAUGGAGCGACUCAAGGACUGAAAAUCACCGGCUCGGUCGCUAUUGAUGCUGCGACUUACAAAGCUGAGAUUUCUAAUAAAGAUGGAACUACUGUAGAUCAAAUUGGCGUUGAGGUUCGAUCUCCGCCAAGAUUCAAGCAAGAAAUGGUGGACGUAGUCGCUCGAGAAGGCGACUCAGAAGUCAACAUUUCUGUAGAAGUCGCUGGAUUCCCGCGACCGACACUCCAGUGGUUCAUCAAUGAUAUCGAGAUAACAGAAGAGAAAACCGAGUUUUCAAAAUCUCAGGAAGGUGAUAUACAUACCCUGAAGAUAACCGAUGUUAAAACCGAACACUCGGGCCGCUAUACUUGUAAACUCAAGAACCAGUAUGGUAAAAAUGAAAGCAGCGCAGCUCUGACUGUCUACUGCAAACCCAAGUUGUUGAAAAAAUUAGCCGACCAGAAACUUAAUGAGGGAACGACUCUGAAAUUGCAAGUUCAGGUCGCGGGUACUCCAGCUCCUGAUGUCAAGUGGUACAAAGAUGGAAAAGAAGUCUCAGCUGACGCGAGGAUUAUCAUCACCCGCGAUAGCAAGCGACAAGAAAACUAUGAUCUGACUGUCAACUUGCUCCAAGGAUCCGAUGCGGGUACUUACGAAGUUAGAGCGACCAAUGAGAUGGGAUUCGUUUCAUCUAAAAGCAGAAUCAUUGUUCUAACUAAAGAAGAAAUAGAAGAACUUGAAGGUCCAGAAGGUAAAAUGGAGAAAAUAACUAAAACAAAAUUAGUUAACGGAAAAGACGGAGAUACGAUAACUAUUUCCGUAGAAUCAACAACCGAGCAUGAAGCUAUGAUGACAGGUCCAGACGAGUGUCACACCAUCAGCAAGAUGAAGACUACCAAAGUCGAGUGUCAGGAGUUGAAUACCGAGAUGCCUCAAAUAGAAGAAAUACCUUCGUAUUGUUUCACGCUGAAGGACAAUUCUAAUGGAAUUGUCGAAGAAUUUUCCGAGAAAGAAGAAAAGAAUGAUAAGAAAAAAAUCAAACGCGGAGUGUCCAUUGUUUCGGUGUCUGAUGAUGAUUCUUUUAAAGCGCUCUCAAGAGAUAUCAGUACUGAUGACGUAAAUUGUCAGUAUGAAGUUAAAACAAAUGGCGUGCAUGAAAAUUCAAAGCAUGUGGAAGAAAAUAUAAUUGAAGAAUAUGGAAUGAAUCAUGCUAUAAGGUACAAAGAAACAAUUAUUGAGGAGUGUUACGUCGAAAAUGGACACAAUGGAGGAAUCCAAGAUGUUAAAGAAGAAAAAUCUCUCAAAGCUGGUAAAUUAUCAAGACAGUCUUCUAAAAUGGAGAGAUUUGAUUCUGUAGAGGUUGAAGAUAAGCAAGAAGUUAUUUUACAAAAUGGCCGAUCGCAAAACGCUGAGCUAGGAGAAAGUAAACUGACCAGACAGAAUUCAAAGCUCGAAAGAGUCGAAUCUGUUGAGAAGAAAAUUGUAAUUAAAGAUUUAGAAACUCCUCAGACUCCGGAGGUAAAACAAAGCAAAUUAUCGAAGCAAAAUUCUAAAAUCCAGCGGCUAGAGUCUUUUGAAGAGAAGAAAGCUGUCGUGAAUAAUGGAGAGACUCCUCAGACUCCAGAAGUUACGGAAAAUAAAGUUGUAAGACGAAGUUCUACCCUCGAAAGACUUGAAUCUAUUGAAGAGAAAAAAGUCUACGCUAAAGAAACGGAGACUCCAGAGCCUCCAGUAGACAAACUUUCUCAGCAGAAUUCUAGAAUAAGUCGCGUUAAUUCUUUAGAAUCAAAAUCGGAGAGCGUUUGUCUGUCUAGACAAAGCUCGCAGAGGUCCAAUUCAAUCGUCAAUAGCAAUCACGAUGAUGACGAUGAUCUAGAUGACAAAACUCGAGAGCUUUUUGAUCGCAUUAAGCGACAAAGAAGCGUUCUCGAAGAAAUUUUAGACAAAGAAGCUGAUAAAAAAGAUAAAAUUGAAGCUAACGGUUAUGAAGCGGCGCCGUCGAUAGUGAGCUCAGACUUUGAAGAUUGCACAGUAUAUGCGACACAGACGGUAACAUUCACGGUUCAUGGAAAAGGACUGCCCCGUCCUGACGCAAAGUGGUUCAAAGACGGCGAACCUUUGAAGUCUUCGGACAAAGCCAAACCUGGACAAGUCGGGGAGAAGUAUUCUCUCAACUUCACUAAAAUCACUGAAAACGAAACCGCUUUGUAUCAACUGGUGCUUACCAACAAACUAGGUACCGCCAGCGUUGACGCGUGCAUUGAAGUAGCUCCGGAAAGUGAGCUCCGCAAGCCCAGGUUCAUUGAACCCUUGAAAAACGUCGACGCUGAGAAAAAUGGAGCUGGUACUUUCGAGUGUAAACUUACUGCUGAUCCUAUUCCUGAUAUCGUCUGGUCUCACGAAGGAGAAGAGAUUUCUCCAAAAGACAAAAAAUAUAAAAUGGAACGUACGAAUAAAAAAGUUGAAGAUUCUCUUACAGAGUGUAUCUACACUCUCACUGUCAAUGAUUGUCUUCUUGAAGAUGUUGGAAAGUACACGCUGCGCGCUGAAAAUAAUUGGGGAGAUGACAGUUCAAGUUCGCGUCUGGAGCUUUUGGUACCACCAACAAUUCUUGAAUUCAAAGAAUUGGUCGCAGCGGUGGAAGAAUUAUGCAAAUGGGAAGUAAUAAUAAAGUCAAACCCUAAAGCUGAGCUAACCUGGGAAAAAGAUGGAGUUAUUUUAGAUGAUGAAGUUCGCUUUGCGCAAGAAGAUAAUUUCCGAGACAUGAAGUACUAUUUGAUAUUAAAAUGCGUUGAAUAUGAUGACGCGGGUCCUUACAAACUGACGGCAAAAAAUUAUUUAGGAGAAGAUACUGCUGAGUCAACAUUAGUUCCUUACACUGAGCCACCAGAAUUCAUACUAGAAAUAACAAACGGCUCAGUACGUCACGACGCGCCAAUAGAGUUCAAAAUUGAAGCUAAAGGAAUCGCAAGACCAAAGAUCCAAUGGCAGCUGAACGGCGACGAGAUAAUUGCUGACGAACGUCAUAUCAUAACGACUAAAAUUGACGGGCAUGUGUACAGCACACUCAGGAUCGAGAACUUCCAGGAGGUGGACGAGGGAGAGCUAACAUGUGUAGCAGAGAAUCGCGCUGGAAAAGCCAAGUCUCAUGGUACUGUGACGAUGAUUCGUAUACCACCCACGUUUGCUGAACUGCUUCCACGAUCAUUGCAAGUUGAGGAAGGAGCUCCGUUGGUACUCAAUGUUGACGUCGACGGCAGUCCCUUCCCGAAGGUCACCUGGUUCACGGAUGGCGAAGUUAUUGAAUCCGACGAUCAUAUUAAAAUUGAAACCCAGCCUAAUGGGUCCACUAGACUUACUAUAGAAAAAUGCAAGCCAACUGAUAGUGGUGCUUAUAAAAUUUUUGCUAAAAAUAAAAUUGGGGAAAGUACUUCUCAGUGUGCGGCUGCUGUUAAACCCACACCACGUAAGCCUUCAUUCUCAAAAUCACUUGAAGAUACAACAGUAACAGUAGGACAACCAUUAAAACUUGAAGCCCAAGUAGUAGCAUUCCCCAGCCCUGAAGUCCAAUGGUUCAAAGACGGUCUUCCCGUCCGUCAAAGCCCAGACAUUGAAUUUAUCAACGAGCCAAACGGUCUGAUGGGCAUCUCAAUCGAGAAAGUAAAACCUGAACACGCGGGUACUUACUCUCUGGUCGUUAAAAACAAAUUAGGCGAGGUAACAGGCAAAGCAGUGGUGACAGUCGAAGCCAAAGAAAAGAAACCCGAGUUCUUGUCGACCUUGCAACCUAUGACUGUAGUCGAAGGAUUCCCAGCGAAGAUGGAGGUAAAGAUUCUCGGCAAACCUCCACCAUUGGUCGCUUGGACUUACAAUGGCGUUGAAAUAGUUCCCGAUGGCACGCACAUAAAAAUAGUUUCGCAGCCCGACGGUACUCAGGCUCUUUUGAUCGACAAGGUAACCGUCGAUGACGCUGGAGAGUACGGAGUCGCAGCGCUGAACACUGUAGGCGAAGAAGAGUGUAAGGGAAUCCUGAACGUCAGCAGCAAGUCGAAGACUGACGCUCCUGAGGAGAGACCCAGCUUCGUGGGACCGCUCAGAGACUCCAGCAUUGAAGAAGGCGAACCUUUAGCAUUCAGUGCCUCUUUCGCUGGUAACCCGAUGCCCGACGUCUUCUGGACCAAAGACGGCGAGCCUGUCGAGCCCUCGGAGCGCAUCAUGAUGACUUGCGACGGUAAAAAGGUCGGAGUGACAAUUAACCCGACUACUGCCAAAGAUGCUGGGGUUUAUCGCUGCCGUUUGGUGAAUCCUUCUGGUGAAGACACGUCCAGCGCCAUCGCUACCAUUCGCAAGAUAUUCCAGCGGCCCAACUUCACUCAGAAGUUCACCGACUUGCAGCAAGUGCCCGGCAAUGACGCGAAAUUUGCGGCCAGGAUCACCGGAAUACCCAGACCUGAUAUAUCCUGGUACUUUAAUGACAAGCCUCUUCCUAAAGACUCUGAUAAAUACGUAAUAAAACGCGAUGGAGACGCGUGCUCGUUGUUCAUCAAGGAUUGCAGUCCUUCAGACGCUGGAAAAUAUAAAUGUCGCGCUGUUAAUAAAGAUGGUGAUGCUGCUUGUGAAGCUGCUCUGACUGUUGCUGAUAGAAUAGACAAGCAACAAAAAGUAGAACCUCCAUCAUUCUUAAAGAGAAUUGGCGACUGUGAAGUCUACAAGGGAAUGACUGCCAAGUUUACAGCAUGCGCUACAGGAAUACCUGACCCUAGUUUCGAGUGGUACCGCAAUGACGAAAGAUUGUGGCCCACUGAUCGUAUAAGGAUGGAUGAAGAAGGUAGCGGGCUUCUGCGGUUAACUAUUUACAAUGUCGAUGAACAUGAUGUAGGAAAAUACAGUCUUAGAAUUAUUAAUCCUCAUGGUGAAGAUACUUGUCAUGCUGAAAUGCGUUAUGACACCUUGGAGCCCCGUACAAAGAAGCCUUUAGCCGAUCAAUAUUCAGAAUUCGACAAGUACCGCAAAUCAGGUAUCCCCUUGCCUCUAGCAGACCGUCCAAUAAUCAGCCGAAUGAUGGACCGACACCUGACGCUCUCUUGGAAGCCGUCAAUCCCGAUCGGUCCUCGAGUCCCAGUGACAUACCUAGUAGAAAUGUGUGAGCUUCCAGACGGCGAUUGGUUCACAGCGCGUUCAGGAAUCCGAAGCUGUGUCUGCGACAUUAGAAAUCUAGAACCGUUCCGGGACUACAAAUUCCGCAUCCGAGUGGAGAAUAAAUAUGGAAUCAGCGACCCUUCACCGUUCGCUCAAACAUACAGGUCUAAACUACUUCCAGACCCGCCUAAGUUCCACCCGUACCUGCCUCCAGGGAUCGACUUCCGUCCCGAGACAUCUCCAUACUUCCCCAAGGACUUUGACAUCGAGCGUCCGCCUCACGACGGGUACGCGCAGAUUCCAAAGUUCCUGCGACAAGAGCACGACACCCAGUACGGCGUAAAGAACCACAACUGCAACCUCUUCUGGUUUGUCUACGGCUACCCGAAGCCCAAGAUGACCUACUACUUCAACAACGAGUUGAUUGAGUCUGGAGGUCGUUACGACCAGAGCUACACCCGCAAUGGACAAGCGACACUGUUCAUCAACAAGAUGCUGGAGCGCGACGUCGGGAUGUACGAAGCCGUGGCGACCAAUGAGCACGGAGAAGCGCGACAACGCGUCAGACUGGAGAUAGCCGAGUACCCGGCGUUCAUCCAGCGCCCUGAAGAGUCCUACAUAAUGCUGAGACGCAACGGACACAUCCAAGCCCGCGUGACCGGCGUUCCGUUCCCGGAACUCAAGUGGUACAAGGACUGGAAGCCCCUGGCGCCAACAGCUCGUAUCAAGAUCGACUACUUCGAGCCCGACACUUCCGUCCUCACGAUAAACGACGCGAUAAUAAAGGACGAGGGUCUCUACUCCAUCAGCGCCAGGAACGUCGCUGGCUCCGUCUCCUGCUCGGUGAUGAUCCACAUUGAGGAGAACGAACACGAGUACGGCUACCGCACCUACACUCGCAACUCCGAUGUUAGAGCCAAGAACAAACCCUUCGACGAGUUCUACGACCUCGGCGAUGAACUGGGCCGUGGAACUCAAGGAGUCACCUAUCACGCGGUAGAGAGAUCCACUGGACGCAACUACGCGGCUAAGUUGAUGCACGGCAGAGGCGAGUUGAAGCCCAUCAUGCUCGGCGAAAUGUACGCGAUGAACCACCUGAACCACCGGAGACUCAUCCGGCUCCACGACGCCUACGAAACCGACGGCUCCUUCAAUCUCGUGAUGGAACUCGGCGCCGGAGGGGAAUUAGUAGACACUUUAACUCGCAAUCCUUUCUACAGCGAGUACGAAAUCUCUCACUACAUCAGACAAAUUCUAGAAGGGCUGGAGUACAUGCACAACGAGAGCUGGGCUCACUUGAGUCUCACCCUCGGUGAUUUGCUGAUUUCUCACCCGGGAGGUGACAAUAUAAAAAUAUCAGACUUUGGUCUCGCAAGAAGAAUUUCUUACAACCGGUUGAUGACACUCGUCUACGGAAUGCCGGAGUAUGUCGCUCCGGAGGUUGUUAACAACGAAGGAGUCACUUAUGCAGCGGACAUGUGGUCUCUAGGUAUCAUCACUCACAUCCUCUUGUCCGGAAUUUCUCCGUUCCGCGGUGCUAAUGACAGAGAAACGCUGACUAAAAUUAAAAACGGAGUUUGGGACUUUGACGAGCGAUGGUGGCAACAUAUUUCUAUAGAAGCUCGGGACUUUAUUCGCAAGCUUCUAGUUUAUCAAGUUGACGAGCGUAUGGACGUAACUGCGGCUCUGCGCCACCCUUGGUUGAAUAUGACCGACAGGAUUCCCGCUGAGCCCUACAAAAUUCCCUCGGAGAAUCUCAAGAAUUACUACACCUUGUACAGAGACUGGUACAGCAACGCUUCUUGUCGUACGUGGUACCGCAGACGGAAACUGAGCAGUGCCUUCGAGCAUCCCUCAAGGAUGGUUUACCCACCAGGUCACCGGUACACUCCUGAGCCCGAGGAGAGACCUGCUACUCCCAAGCGCGAGAAACGCGAACCACAGACCUGGGAAAACAAAAUUCCUUCUCGCGUGCCAAUUGACACUGAGAUAGGUCUGAUUAAAAAUGAGAGCCACUAUCAAAAUGGUCCUGAUACAUAUCUCCUGCAGUUGCGUGAUACAGAUUUUCCUGUACGGCUCAGGGAGUACAUGAAGGUCGCUCAUAACCGCGGCUCAGCCUUUGCAAGAGUAUUUGAUGAUGAUGGAUACGAUUGGAGAACUCCGAUAAUUCGCGAGCGCAGAAAAUUCACCGAUGUGAUGGACGAGGAAAUUGAUGACGAGCGCAAAGCGAGGAUUAAUAACUACGGUGCUGCUGAUUGCUAUACCAUGAGACGCCUGAAGCACGAACUAGGAACCAGGCUGGAUUCUUACGCCGAAGCAGAAGCGAUGAUGGAGACUAAAAAAGGGGGACACUUGCCGUUUUUCCGCGAAAAGCCGCAAAUUCUGAAGAUUCAAUGUGGAAAAUGCGCUCAGCUGACUUGUCUAGCGGUGGGAAACCCCAAGCCCGCGGUUCAGUGGUUCAAGAAUGACCUGGUGAUCCAGGAAGGCAAGCGCAUUGCUAUAAUUGAAGACACUGACGGCAGAUCAAUCUUGAGUUUCAGCCCCGCGAGGGAGCAAGACAUCGGAAUUUACAAAGUUGUCGCGAGGAAUAAUGUCGGGCAGACUGUUGCAAGAACUCGCAUUGUUCUUGCAACUGAACCAAGCAUACCUCAAGCUCCUGAAGUUUGCAAUGUGUCUGACACGGAGGUUCUGCUGCGCUGGCAGCCCCCGAAGUACGACGGAAACUCGGAAGUUCUUUGUUACAAUUUACAAUACAAAGCUGGAGAUUCUGUCGACUGGAUUGAUGUUGCCAGUAAUAUUGACCAUGAGUUUUACUUGGUGAAGGACUUGCAGCCAAACACUAGCUACCACUUCCGUCUGGCCGCGAGAAAUCGCAUCGGGUGGAGCGAGCACGGCUUCGAGACAAAUCUGGUCCAAACCAAGCCUGAGGGAGCGCAGAAAGUUCCGAUAAGCCGCGCGAUGAAGCACCUACAGUACUUGACUGAGUCAGGCCAUGAAAUAAUCACUGACGAGGACAAGCCCAAGAUAAACUACGACGUGGAAGAUGAACCAAUUGAGUGGACAAUUGACGCCCAAUUUACUGGCCGCUACACCUUUAUUUCAGAAGUUUUCCGUGGCCAGUUUUCAAUAGUCGUUAAAGGAGCUGAGAAAGAAACUGACAAGAUGGUGGUUGCUAAAAUUUUAGACGCUAGUCCGGAGAGGAAAGAACUAGUCGGUGAGGAGUUCCAGGUCCUGAGAUCGCUUAGACACGAGAGAAUAGCUCUGCUAGACGCGGCUUACUGGGCAGCUGGCUCUCCGGUCGCAGUUUUUAUCAUGGAAAAAUUACAGGGUUCAGAUGUGUUGACUUAUUUGGCCAGCAGGCCUGAAUAUUCGGAAAAUUGUGUAGCUACGAUUAUCACUGAAGUCCUGGACGCUUUGCAAUACUUACACUGGCGCGGAUUCGCGCAUCUGGACAUACAGCCUGACAAUGUUGUCAUGGCCUCUCUCAGGUCCGCGCAUAUUAAAUUAGUCGACUUUGGCUCUGCGCACAAAGUUUCUAAACUUGGCACUGAGGUACCUCAAAAUUUGGGACACCUGGAGUACAGGGCUCCUGAAGUACUCAAUGAAGAGCUGACUUAUCCCCAGGCAGACAUCUGGGGUGUCGCUAUUCUUACCUACGUUCUUCUUUCUGGAAGAUCUCCAUUCAAAGGCAAUGAUGAUCAUGAAACCAUACAGAAUAUUUCAUUUGUUAGGUACAGGUUUGAAUAUUUGUUCAAAGAAAUUAGUCAAGAAGCCACGAGGUUCCUUAUGUUGCUGUUCAAGAGAACACCUAGCAAAAGACCUACGGCCGAAGAAUGUCAUGAACACAGAUGGUUACUACCCACGGAAUUUAUGAUCAGAAAACGGGAACGUGCAAUAUUCCCAGGUAGCAGAUUGAAAACUUACAACGAAGAGUACCAUGAAGAAAAAGCUAAGGUUGCUACGAAAAGUGAAAACCUGAUGAUGGCUUUUGGCAACAUUCGCCAGUUGAACAGAUCAUACAGCACAGAAGACGAGUUAAUCACAUCUAUUGAUAAUAUUCAAUAAUUUAUGUGAUUUUUAUAACAUUAACGUUAUUUAUUUUAUUAUUACUAUUAUUGAUUAAUUAUAUAUAUUUAUAUAAUACAUUAUUUUACUUAAAUAUCAUGAAAUUUAAAAA